GUUCAGAGAUUUGUUUUGCUAGCUAGUUAGCUCUGUAGACUGUUUAGCAUGUAAAUGCAAAUUUAAAUAAUAAUUAUUAAUAAUAAAAAUGGGAUGAAAACGGCAGCGCAUUCAAGAUAAUCAUUUAAUCCAAUAUCUCUUCAGCUAUGGAGACGGCUUCAGCAGGUAAGGCCAAGCGGAGGCACCUGAGUGCAACAGAGUGCAGGGAUUUGACCCAAAGUCUCACUGGCAGCCCUGCAAUCACACAGCCUUUCACCCUGAACCUCCAUAAUAAAGACCCCAAUAAAGGACUUCAGCCCUGGAGCCCAACCAAAAGGAGAAGGACAGUAUCAGACAACCGACAGCAGAAGGCCAUUACAGGAUUCUUUGCCUCUGUUGGGCGCCUUAAAAGCAGCCCGCAAAAAGGCAACUUGGUGAAGACGGAGCUGAACAGUCACAUCGUACUAAAAGAGGAGGAAGAUGAGGACCUCAUGGAAGGUAUUACCGAGGAGAUGUUUGUGGAUGAUGAGGAGUUUGAGACGGGUGUGUGUUCAAUAAAGAAAGAAGAGGAGGAUACAGGGGCAGGAUGUAGCAGUUGGCCGUCUUCUCCACCUUGCUCCAACUUAAUUAACGGACAUGUGAAAAAAGAGGAAGAAGACGACAGGGAGUAUGACGUGGAGAGUCUCCCCGACGCUCAUUACGGGUUGCUGGGGCUGAGCCGGACGCUGCUGCAGCCACAGGGUCACAUUCAGGACCUGCCUGCAGAGGUACUUAGUGUUAUUUUUGCUCAGCUUCCAGCAGGUGAUCUUUACCGCCAUGUCAGUCUGGUGUGUCAGCACUGGAGAGACAUCGCCAUGGAUACCCAGUUUUUGCCGUGGAAGAAGUUGCACUACAGAUACGAGAAGCGGGAGGAGAUGGCCGAGAAGCAGAUGAAAGCCCUCCUUGAAGAGAACGGCAUUGUCAAAAAUAACGAUCUCUGUGUGCUGAACAUGGUGAGGUACAUGUCACAGUUUAAACACAGCAGACGAGUGAACGUGGCAGAUGUGUUGCGUCGUGUGAAAGGCCAUCGACUCUACUCCCAGGCAGAAGCCUGCAUCAAACACAGACUUCCAGACAUGGAGAUGAUUGGUGGGGGACCAAACCCCUGGUCUGCCAUGGCCCUCAUACUGAUCCUUGCAGAUGGGGUGAAGGAUGUCCUGAAUCUGGUGGCUCGUUUCCAAACCUCUGGCUGUUUACUGACUCCAGACUGGAUCUCGGAGUUCCUGUGGGCCAUGGCUACACUACUUCUCGCCAUGAGGAACACAAACAUAACUCUCACUAAUAGGUGGCACUACAAUAUUUUUUAUGUGUUGCAUCUAAUGGAGAACGCACCACCACCUCAGAGUCAUGGUGAAGGCAGAGAAAAGCAGAUAUACGUCACUCAUGAACAGCAGCAGAUCCUCAAUCACGACAUCCAGAGAGAACACAUUGUCAAAAUCAUGGCUUUUGCUGGAACUGGAAAGACAACAACUUUGGUGAAGUACGCUCAAGAAAGACCACAUCUGCGCUUCCUUUACAUCUCUUUCAACAAAUCCGUGGCCAUGCAGGCCAAGCAGAGUUUUCCUUCUAAUGUAGAGUGCAGGACCAUCCACUCGAUGGCCUACAAAGCUAUUGGACACAGGUACAAAAGUCUGAGUAAGCUGUGCAGUAAUCUGAAGCCGUUCACGGUGGCCUGGGUGCUUCCAGAGGGCUAUGGUGGCUUUGUUAACGCCAAGGUGGUGACAGAUACCAUCAACAACUUCUGCGCCUCCACGGAUGAGCGCAUAGGCUCAGAGCACGUCCCGAACUGCUGCAAGAACACCAGUGGGAAUAUCGAGGAACUGAGUGAAGCCAAAAAGAGGAUGUUCGCACAUUACGCAGGGAGCAUCUGGAAGAAAAUGACAGAGUUGCAACCCACUAAACAAACGGCGCACCACAUAACCCAUGAUGGUUACCUCAAACUAUGGCAGCUGCAAAAGCCUGUACUUGAAGACUAUCAUGUGAUUCUUAUUGAUGAAGCUCAGGACUGCACUCCAGUCAUCAUGGACAUCAUGCUUUCUCAGUCCUGUGGAAAGAUCCUGGUUGGAGAUCCCCACCAGCAAAUAUACACUUUCAGAGGAGCCGUUAAUGCUUUGCACGGUGUUCCACACACACAUCUUUACUACUUAACACAAAGUUUUAGAUUUGGCUCUGAGAUUGCCUAUGUUGGUGCAACGAUCCUAAACAUCUGCAAAAAGGUGAAAAAGAUUUUGGUCGGUGGAUAUCAGGAUGGCACUGUGAGAGGAGAGGACAAGGAGUGUCUGGACAGCAUAAAACAAGCUCAGUCACAGGUCGGAGGAAACGUGGCCAUUUUGUGUCGCUGUAACGUUACCGUGUUUGCUGAAGCAGUGCGGCUCACCGACAUCAACCCUAACUGCAAGAUCCACAUUGUGGGCGGUGUUGAUAAUUUUGGGUUGAAGCAAAUCAUGGAUAUCUGGAUUCUGUUUCAACCAGAUGAAAAACGGAGGAACGAAAAUCUGUGGAUUAAGGACUCAUUUAUCCGGAGCUUUUGUAAGGAGAGACUGGGCGGUUAUGGAGGCCUUAAGAGGUACGCCAUGCACACGGAAGACCGCGAGCUGGAAGGCAAACUGGCUGUGGUGGAGAAAUUCAACAAUCGCAUUCCGGAGCUGGUGAAGCGGAUCCAAAACUGUGCUCAGAGCACGCCGAACCACGCCGACUACGUCCUGGGCACGAUGCAUAAAGCCAAGGGUCUAGAGUUUAAUACGGUGGUGGUCAUGGAUGACUUCAUGAAGGUGCCCUGCUCCAGACACAACCUGCAGAGGAUGAUCAUUAACCCAGGUAUCAGAAAUGUCGAUGCAGACGAGUGGAAUCUAUUGUAUGUGGCUGUGACUAGAGCCAAGAAGGUGCUGUACAUCACCAAGAGCAUCAGUAACAUCCUUACACUUGCAGGGGAAUAUUUUCUGCGGUCCGAGCUGAGCUGUACGCUUUUGAACAAGGAUCCGCAUCGGCGAUGCAGCACCAGAGAGUGUCCUAACCUUAUCACUACAGAGUCACCACUCAGCAUGCACAAACUCCCAAUCAAUUACAUGGACAGUACAGAGGAAGGUGGAAUUCUCUGUGCUACAUGUGUGGAACAGCGUGUAGGCCCUGUAGCUUUCCUGCUCUCUUCACCUGAGACAAUCAAGUCUAUGUAUUACACCGAAGAACGACCCGAUCUGCCUAUUAAUGUCGGCAUGCUGCUGGCUUUGCUCUAACAGGACACACGUUUUUUUGUUUUUGUACAUGGGAGAAACUGGAGCUCUUUAAAAGUGACCACUGGGUUCUUGGUCGCCUCCCCGACUAAAGCUCUUCUCCCCCCAUUGUUCAGUCGGGUGGGGUGGCUUGCUCUAGUAAGAGUCCUGGUGGUUCCAAACUUCUUCUAUUUAUUGAUUAUGGAGGCCACUGUGCUCAUUGGGACCUUCAAUACUGCAGAAAUAUUUCUGUACCCUUCUCCUGACCUGUGCCUCAAUACAAUCCUGUCUUUAAGGUCUACAGACAAUUCCUUGGACUUCAUGGCUUCAUGACUUCAAGUUGUAGAAACAUCUUAAGGAUGAACAGUGGAAACAGGAUAGAUUUUGAGUGCAGUGAAUGGGCUACAAGAUUGACAAACAAGUUGUGAAUGUGUGUUGAUGACUCAUUGUGAAUGUCGCGUGAUUGACUGGCAUCUCAUUUGGGGUGUCAGAGCCCAGAACAGGCUUCACAUCCAGCACAACUCAGAUAGAGCACUCUGACUAAAUUAAAGAGGAUCCUCAACAUGGAGAUCAUCCAUAAAGACAUGUACUAUGAUUUCUGUACAAAUCUCUCCAACUUUUCAUUAAACAAUCAAUGAAUUAAAUUCAAGUUCAAAUUUUAUUUGUCAUGUACACAGUCAUACACAGUACGAUAU